AUGCAAAAUAUAUUGUCAAUUCUUUAAGAUUUUUAAAAAUAAAGCUAAUUCCUUUAAAUAAAGAAAAUCAAAGAGAAAUACUUUCUAAGCUCCGUCAAUGAUACUAUUUUGAAAUACUCAGAUGACUGGUAAACAGAAAGUACUUACUAGGAUAUAGAGUAAGGAUAAUAAACAGAGAAUGAAAUAGAGAUAACUUCAUUGUUUAUGGAUUUCAAUAAAUAUUUUAUGAAUUUAUUUUAGAAACUGAUUCGUUAAAAUUAAACUCUAAAGAUGUUAAUAACAAACUUAUUAAGAAUCUAAUAAAAAUCUAUUUUUGAUUAAAAUACAGAAGAAAGAUAUCAAUCUGAAAUAAAUCGCUUUAAUCAAUCCCUAGAGGAAAAUGAGCUUUUACAAAAAUAUCCUGAAAAUUAUUAAACUUCUGAUAAGUUGCAAGAUAUCAUUAACAAUUAUCAAAAUUUAAUUUAUAUAUUGCUUGAAUAAGAAAGUGUUUAGAUAUUAUUUAAAAAUCCACUUAAUAUAGACUUUAAUAUAUAUAAAUUGAUAUAAUUAGAAACUCUCAUUUUAGGGUACACUUAUUUUAAUGCAAAUUGCACUUCACGUCUUCUUCUUGAGAAAUAAAACUAUUUUGAUACAAAAAUAAAAUGGCUAUUAGAAUAUGAAUAGUAUUCAAUUUUUGUCAAUGAUUUAAGAUUGGAAAUAGGAAUUAGUUCAUAUGGAAAGUGUGAUUAAAAUGAUAGCAUAAGAAAAAAUAUUAAAUUACCUGAGAUUUAAGCAAACUAUAUUACUUUAUUUGUAGAUGUUGAUGGUUCUAUAGUUUAUUAAAUUGCUAUUGAUUUUGCUUUUUCAGAAAAAUUUGACAUUAAAUAAAGAUUAAAAGUUCUCAUAUAUUCAAAUGCAGAUUAUCUAGGAAAAGAAUUUUAUUGUUCACUAAAUAAUCUUAAAUAAAUACCUAGUAUCUUAGAUGAUGCCUACAGCUUUAUAAAUUCUCCUUUUGAUACGAACGAAGAUAUAAUUGAGUUAUUUUUUGAAGACUAAUAUAUUCUUAUGCUUUCAGCAUUAUAAAUAAAAAAAGUUAAUUCUGUCUUGCAUAAUUCAAUUUAAUAAAUUCUAUCUGAUUUAUUAAUAAAUUGA